CUUAAACACUUGAUUUUAGAUUUGUAAGAUGUUGCUUGAGUUGAGUGGAAUUACGAAGGAAAAUGUCGAGCUUGAAAUAGAUUACGACGGAGUAGAGUACACCGGAAAAAAGGUUCUGCUUGAGUAUGUAAUAGGAGACAUGUUGCUAAAAAGCCUCACCAACGAAAGCGACACAAAAUAUUCAACUCUGAAGGUUUCUCUUUCGUUUACUCGUAGAUGGAUUUAUCAUCUAUUCGCAGUGUUCAUUCAAUCUAUUCUUCUACUACUAGUUGCUUACAUGACAUUCUACUAUAGAAUAGAUAACUUCAAGGUCAGGAUCUAUUCUUCUACUACUAGUUGCUUACAUGACUUUCUACUAUAAAAUAGAUAACUUCAAGGUCAGGAUUUAUUCUUCUACUACUAGUUGCUUGCAUGACAUUCUACUAUAGAAUAGAUAACUUCAAGGUCAGGAUCUAUUCUUCUACUACUAGUUGCUUACAUGACAUUCUACUAUAGAAUAGAUAACUUCAAGGUCAGGAUCUAUUCUUCUACUACUAGUUGCUUGCAUGACAUUCUACUAUAAAAUAGAUAACUUCAAUGUCAGGAUUUAUUCUUCUACUACUAGUUGCUUACAUGACAUUCUACUAUAGAAUAGAUAACUUCAAGGUCAGGAUCUAUUCUUCUACUACUAGUUGCUUACAUGACAUUCUUCUAUAGAAUAGAUAACUUCAAGGUCAGGAUCUAUUCUUCUACUACUAGUUGCUUACAUGACAUUCUACUAUAGAAUAGAUAACUUCAAGGACCGUAUAAUGGUUGCUAUUACUUGCAUGUUGGUUAUUGCUAAUGUUCAGUCAGCUAUUAAUCAAGAUAUACCUAUCACUUCAUAUGUAAAGAUGGUUGAUUACUUUCUGCUGUAUGCAUUCAAUAUUAUUAUUGUUAUUAUGAUCUAUCAUACAUAUAUGAUUGCUCACAUAUCUGAAGAAUUUUCUCCUAACGAAGACGACUUUGAAAUUGAAAAGAUAAAGAAGCUUGCAGAUGACGACAUUCAGGAUGGAAUUCUUGCAAAGUUUUUUAAACAAGGCAGUUUCGCAAAUAAAUUAGAAGAAGCCGCAAGAAUAAAUAAACAGGGUCAGAUUGCGUUUGUUGUUGGAUUUCUUGUGUUUCAACUUGUUUUUUGGGCGAUUUCUCUCAGUGAAUAUUUCUCAGAGAAAGAUAUUGUGGCAUUAACCGCUUUUCAAGAGAAACUGGAAGCUUAUCAAAUUCAGAACUUUCUUUAAACCUAUCUACAUUAUUGAUGUAUCGCUGCAUAAAUGAUUAAAUCAAUUUUAUACCUAAACAUAUAAUUAUAAAACAGUUAUUUAACAUUAAG